UCACCACAGAAAUACAGCAGUACAGCAACGCGCCUCUGUAUGUGAUCAAGGAGUGUCUGCUGACGACCUCCGUCUUUACUUUUAUGGUGUUAUCCUCUCAUUGUAAACUUUGUAUACAUUUCAUGACGUGUUAUAUCUAUCAGUAUAAGAAUUGUGACAUAAAAUAUAAAAUUAAAUGAAGUGUUUCUAUCAAGGAUUAAUUAUCUAUUUUUUUAACAAUUAAUGUUGAUAAAUUGCGUCGGCCAUUAAGAAAGGAAAAGAAAGCAUCAUAGUGAAAAGUCGUCGAAUGUGAGUAUCCAAGAAAGACGUAGACGAAGAAAAUGGGCACGAAAGUACUCAUCGAGAUGCAACAACAACUAAGGCAAGUUGUAUCUAGAUCCGAUACUGCACCGACCAGUACAAAGAAAUUAGAAGACUUAAUGGAUAUCCAUAACUCAAUAUUUCUAGUCUUUGAGGAUAUUACAUAUAGUGCGAGACCAUGGAUUCUUUCUAGAAGAAAGACUGAAUUAUUAAAAAAUGUGAGUGGCGAAUUCAGAGCCGGCGAACUCACAGCGAUUAUGGGAUUAUCUGGUGCUGGAAAAUCCACAUUGAUGGAUGUUUUGACAGGUUUUACAACGGCUGGCGUAACUGGGAAUAUAAUGGUCAAUUCAAAAACUAGGAAUCUCAAUGAAUUUCGAAGAUUGUCUGCAUAUAUAAUGCAAAAUGACAAUUUACAGCCACUGUUGACCGUGCAAGAAGCAAUGAACGUUGCCGCAGAGCUAAAACUUACUACAAGUCACCAGCAAAAAAAACAAAAGAUCGAUCAGAUUUUGGUUACAAUGAGUCUCGAUACAUGUCGUCAUACACGAACAGGACAACUCAGCGGCGGAGAAAGAAAAAGAUUAGCUAUUGCCUUAGAAUUAAUCAAUAGUCCACCAAUUCUAUUUCUCGAUGAACCUACUAGCGGACUCGAUAGUGUUACCUCAAAAUAUUGCAUAACAUUAUUAAAACAGUUAGCAAAGGCAGGACAAACAGUGAUUUGCUCUAUUCAUCAGCCUAGUGCUUCGCUUUUAAACAUGAUCGAUCAUCUUUAUGUGGUGGCAGACGGAAAUUGUGUUUAUAGUGGUAGCACGCAGAAUUUAGUGCCUUAUUUGAGCAGCCUCGGUUUGCAAUGUCCAACUCAUUAUAAUCCGGCUGAUUAUCUAAUGGAAAUUUGUAAUGGAGAUUAUGGCAAAUAUGUACCAGAAAUGAUAAAUGCUAUCGAGAAUGGGAAAAAUAAUGCAUGGAGGUCAACCAGCAAUGUAACCAAUGUCAAUCAUCAGGAGGAAGUGAUUGCUUUGAACGUGACGGCUUCAUUUCAAGCACUUCGACAACGAUCUCCGGUAGAGAUACAGCACGUUCAUACUCGACAUAAAGGAUCUCCUGAUUAUGCUACUAAUUUUUGGAAACAAUUAAUUAUUCUGCUUAAAAGAAAUGCAAUCAGACUUUCAAGAGAUAAGGUAUUAACAUUUACUCGACUUUCGAUGCAUUUUAUAAUUGCUCUGAUCGUUGGCGUGAUUUAUUUUAAAGUUGGUCAAGAUGCUGUAUAUGUAUUGGAUAAUUUCAAUCUUUUAUUUUUCAAUAUAAUGUUUCUAAUGUUCAGUGCAUUUAGUGCAACGGUAACAACGUUUCCCUCGGAGCUACCAAUCAUUAUGAGAGAACAUUUUAAUCGUUGGUAUAAGUUACAUUCUUUUUAUCUUGCUAACAAAUUAGCUGAUAUUCCUAUUCAAUUCACAGCCAUUUCUUUGUAUAUUCUCAUUGUAUAUUAUAUGAGUGAUCAAUUAUUAGAACUUCAACGAUUUUGUCUUUACACGCUGAUGUGUUUCGCUGUUAGUAUAGUUGCGCAAACGUUUGGUCUUUUAAUUGGAACAGGAAUGAAAGUACAGCAUGGUAUGAUAUUUGGACCACUUACAAUUCUUCCGUUUUUAAUAUUUAGUGGAUUCUUUGUUCAAUUCAGAGAUGCCCAUCCAUAUUUAAGAUGGUUAUUCCAUUUAUCGUUUCUUAAAUAUGGUUUCGAGGGUGUAAUGAUUGCUAUUUAUGGUUAUGACAGACCAAAACUUUCUUGUUCGGAUGUCUAUUGCCAUUUUGCAAUACCAGAAACACUCUUGAAUGCUGUAGACAUGAAACAAGCUAAUUACUGGUUUUGUUUAAUCGUGUUGGUCGCUUUAUAUGUUAUGUUAGACAUAGGAACGUACACAUUAUUGAAAUUAAAGUUAGAAAAACGUGUAUGAAAAAAAAAAA